GAUUGAUUGAUUGAUUGAUUGAUUGGUUAUAGGGAGAAGUCCAACCUGUCGCUGGCCAACCGCAGGCUGGAGAGGAGAGUGAAAGAGAUGAUGAUGCAAAUCGAAGAGGAGCAUCACACGAUGCAGGAUCAGAAGGACCAACUGAAUCUGCGUCUGAAGGCUUUGAAGCGGCAGAUGGACGAGGCGGAGGAGACGAUCGACCGGCUGGAGCACAACAAGAAGAAGCUGCACAGAGAGCUGGAUGAGCAGCAGGAAGCCAACGAGCAGCUCAACAGUCAACUCAAAGCUCUGCGCAGCGAGAUGAGGCGCAAGAACACGUCGGCCCCUUUGCUCAACAACUUGGACGACGAUGACGACGAUGACGACCUCAGCACCGACGGGGAGAUGUACUUCAGCUCGUCGGGGUACAAGCGCUCCUCCAGUCAGGACAACGGCUUGUCAGGCUUCGGCUUAUGAGCGGAAACACUUUCUAAAUGUGCUACCGAUGAACGUUUUCUGUCAUGUGCUACUGUUGAUGUCACACUGAAUUAUCCAUGUAAAUACUGGGACUUUCUGCUUCCACCUGCCUGUCAGCAGCAGUCGCUGGACUCUGUAAACUCACUCAGUAUUAUUUGAGCAGCUCUCUGAAGGAAGACAUUGAAAAGGUUUAAUUUGAAGAAAUGAAACGUGUAGAUAAUUUACAUUCCCUCCUGAAUGUUUCUUUGUUGAUUGUUGAUCAUCCCACCAGUGGUAAACUUGAAAACCAGCUACUGCAAUCCAAACAACCAGUACUGCCUUUAUCAGCAGCCGUUUAUAUUCUCUUUUCUACCACCCAGGUAUAUGAAAUAUAUAAACUUUUCCCUUUUUUUAAUGAAUAUAAACCUAAUAUGAAGUGAAUUUUGCCAGGACGCUUCUUUAAUUUAUUCAUUCUUGGCUUAUUGAGGGUUUUAGGGAAAUGAGGAACUUUUACGCGUCUUUUUUUACAGUGUUGUAUCCUUUCAUGACCAAUUUUGUAACACAACUACUUUCAUUUAUAUGUUAUUAACACUUUCUGUGUUAUUAAUUAAUCAGCUUUUGUAUAAUAAUCUCAGUAUUGUUUAUAAGCCUUAUGGAAAAGUUAGUUUUUACACUAAACGAGAUAUUAUUAGUUAAUUCUGUACAAACUUAUCUUUGAUUUAACUUCCGCUUCCUGUCAGAUCCGAGUGUUAGCGCUGAGCAGUGUGAGACUUUUAAAAUUCUCCUUUGUACCUGGAUGAGUGAUUUUCUUCAGAUGUGACGAACUGACAAUCAAAUGUUUUUCUACACUGUGAUGAUUUGCACUCUGUUUGCUGAAAAUGCUGAUUUCUGACGCCUGUGGAGGGAAGCAGGUUCCUGCCGCUACCUCUCUGUACGCGACUGUGUGUUCAUGAGUCCUGCUGCGACGAAAUAAAGUUACUUUCUGCUA